AUGUCCCAGAGCAAUGGUACAUCCAAGUCCUUCGAUGCAAACCCAUUGGAAGAUGAUGGAUCAUUGGAUUUGGCACUCAUGGUCUCCGAACAUCCCGAUGUGAAGUCAUGUGGUCAGGCCAUGCUUCAGGCCUUGGGCGAAGUCAACUCUUUGAUCCAGAAAUGUGGGCCAUGGAUCAAGUCUGGAGACUUCCCCCCCGAGGCCACGAUUGAAGCCAACAAGAUGGUCCUGAAGGUGUUAACCAAGGUGCAGGACGACAUGCAACGGUUGGAUGAUCUGGAUCUUGAUUACUUGAAACCUGAGUGGGGCGAUCGUGAUUCGGUCCGUUUGGCCCGAAAGAGUUUGAUUGGCUUCGCGCAGGUGAUGCUGCCACGUCUGGAAUCCCUGAAGCAGCAUCUGGCUGGGCCCGUUGCGAAGUUUUCUUCCUUGUUGGGUGGCGAGCGACAGCAAACCACUUUCUAUGGCUGGGCUUUGGAUGACGUGGAAACGUCGAAAGCAACGGCGAAGACUGCGACUCCAGCUGCAGAUGUGGCCGCGAAUGGAGGAGAAGAAGACCGGGAGCGCAGCCGCAGUCGAGAGGCGAAAAAAGGUGAACGACGCACUGACGAGAGUGAGAACUCGCAAGAGCGCCGAUGGAAUCGGGACACCCCGCAUUUUCAGUGGACGCGAGGGAUGAAACUCGGGGACGCUGGCAGAUAUGUGGUGAAGAAGAAGGUGGGUGAAGGCUCCUUCGGUCGUGUGCUGGCGUGUGUGGAUGAGUCCAAAAAGCUAGCCGUGGCUGUGAAAGUGGUCAAAGGAGUACCGCGGUACAAAGAGCAUGCUCAUGCCGAAGCUGAAGUGCUGAGGGAGAUCUUACGAUGCAACUUGGACUAG